CCCGGGCACAUAGGACACGGAGAGCCAGUCGAGUGUCUCGGAGCGGCGGCGCGCUCUCUGAGGCAGCCGCUUGUCGCGCUUUGCUGAAGGAGCCGUGAGCCGAGCUGCGGUAACUGAGAUCAUUCAGCGGGGAUCGUUAUCUGCGCUUCGUCAGUCAUGGCGAACGGAGGGGACCAGUUCGGCCUUGCAGAUCGCCCGGACUCGGACAGUCUGGACUCUCCAAAGGAGAACAAACAGGAAAAUCUCAGCUUCACUUUAAAAUCAGCAGCUGCUUCACCGCAGACAGCUUCCAGCCAGCAGGUAGCGGCCUCUGCUGCAGACCCUGAUGGAAUGGAGGGGAUCAAAGUUGUCCUUCAUGACAGGGAACUUUGGACAAAGUUUGACGAAGUGGGAACUGAAAUGAUCAUCACGAAAGCUGGAAGGAGAAUGUUCCCCAGCUACAAGGUCAAAGUCACAGGACUCAAUCCAAAGACCAAGUAUAUACUCCUAAUGGACAUCGUGCCCGGAGAUGACCAUCGCUACAAAUUUGCAGACAAUAAAUGGUCUGUAACGGGCAAAGCAGAGCCCGCGAUGCCCGGCAGGCUCUACGUCCACCCGGACUCUCCCGCUACCGGAGCGCACUGGAGCCGCCAGCUUGUCUCCUUCCAGAAGCUCAAACUCACCAACAACCACCUGGACCCCUUCGGACACAUAAUACUCAACUCCAUGCACAAAUACCAACCUCGUCUCCACAUUGUCAAAGCGGAUGAAAACAACGGCUUCGGCUCAAAGAACACGGCUUUCUGCACCCAUGUGUUCCCAGAAACCGCCUUCAUUGCCGUGACAUCUUAUCAAAACCACAAGAUCACGCAGUUGAAGAUAGAAAAUAAUCCAUUUGCCAAGGGCUUCAGAGGCAGUGACGACAAUGAGCUGCAUCGCAUGGCCAAGCUGCAAGGCAAAGAUUACCCCGUCAUUCCUCGCAGUACUGUCCGACAGAAAGCCUGCUCUGCUGGGAGUCCCUUCAGUGGGGAGGGCCGAGGUCUCCGGGGGUCCCCUGACGCCAUCGGCUCCCCUUUCAGCUGCGAGAACGGUUUGAGCUGCGGCAGUCCUCAGGAGCUGCUGAGCGCCCCGCCUGUUCACUACGCCCAUCCUCACCCACACCUGCAGCCUGCCCAGCAGCUGCAGGGCUACAGCUACAGCAAGAGGAAAGCAGAGGAGAACUGCUCUCCAAGGAACCACCAGCCUCCAUACAAGAAACCCUUCACUGGUGGUUCACUAAGCGAGGAGGAGUCCUACUACCACCCCUCCUCCUAUCCUGCCCCUCCACCCGGUUUGUCAAACCUUCCCACUCUUGGUCUCACUGACUCCCCCUACAGCUCAGACAUGGGACAGCGUCAGGCAUGCAUGUUUGCCGGCUCAGAGCCCAGAAUGGAUGAAUUCAACUGCACAUCCUGGUCGUACACCUGCCCGCUCCCUACCGCCAUGACCCCCGUGGAACCCUACCCGCCUUACACUCCUCAUCCCCCCUACAGCUCCAGCCCCCAGGGCUCUAGACUAAGUGCGCUGGCCCAUCAGAGUUCUCCGUCGCUGGGAGAGCACAUCCCACACGAUCCCUACCAGAGCCAGAGCUCCGGACCUCGAUCGCAGAGCUCCCAGAGCGUUCCCAGCAGACAGCUUGGCUCUCCUCUCAGAGAGUUUCCCCGCUACACGCCCAACCUGUCGCCGCCUCUCUAUCACACGCUAGACACCCACACACACAUCAGGUGUGGAGUCCCAGAAUGGAGUGCAGCCUCCUAACCAAACCAUAAAGACAGAUUCACCAUAAACUCCCUGCUCUCCUUGGAGAUGCUGCACUGAACGAACUGAGAUACUUUUUGUAAAGUUGUUGUGAAUUUUGUGACGUUGUGCUGUGUAAGUCAUGUUCCUCCUCUCUGCUAGAAGGAGCAGCAAAUUAUUAAGGACCUAACAUAAAGGACAUUAGUGAAAUGUAGCCUCUUCCAGGCAGCCUGGUGAUCAGUGACGUUGUUAUCUUUGCGUCUAUUUGAAGCUCAUUCUAACAAUUGCACUGUGAUUCAUUUCUUAAGGCCAGACCCCCUGAAUGGCACUUGCCUGUUUCUCUCUCAACAUCUGCUACUUUAUGCAUGGUGAAGGAUGUGAAUUGUGCACACUGUCAGUCAGACAGCAACAUUUAUCCACCAAUGUAAUCUCAGUUAUCACAACACAGCCCAGGGCGGACUUGUCUCUCUUGUUAGUGGAGCAAAGUGCUGCUCCGUGCUCAGUCUCGGCGAAGGAGAAAAGGCACUGCGUUGUCCAAAUGUGUGCUAGUGUACAUGCAAACCCGGUGUCAGCUCAGCUAAAGGAUGCUCCGAGUUUAAUUUCCAAUGAGACAGCCAGCGAUAGCUGCAGGCUCCCCUUUGCAGAGAUAAACACUUUGUUUAGAUCGCGCUACAGGCUGAAAGACCUGUAAACACUGCUUCCAUUGCAUUCUGGGUAAAUGCACAAGUCAGCGUCACGCAGCUGUCACUGGUGUCCUCUCAGUCACCCCCCAACUGACCAAUCAGCAUCCUCUGUUCACAGAGUAGCAGCAAAUGAACACCAAGCUUAUAUUUAUGCUCAGCUGACCGCAGAGGUUUAUGCGUGUGUGUGUGCGUGCGUGUGUGUGUGUGUGUGUGUGUGGGUAUGUGUGUGUGUGUGUGUUGGCCCUGUUUUGUUUGCUUGCGCAUUAUUCAUGAAUCUAAUGCUGAUUUCUGACACAUGAGGAUUGCUCAGCAGAAGAAAAGAAG